AUGGUUCAUAAGUCGAUAGAAAUAGUCCAGAUUAAUCUGCAUCACAGUAAAAGCGCCUCAGCAGUUCUCUGCAAGACGCUAGCUGGGGUGCAGACAGCCAUAGCCCUAAUUCAAGAACCAUGGUUCGUGAACGGGGAGGUAAAGGGCCAGGGGGGGUGUGGAAGAAUUUUUCACUCGAACACCCAAGGAAAGAAGGUUAGGACCUGUGUGUUAGUAAAAGGCGCACAGGCAACCUUCUUAUACCAACAAAGCGGAGAGGACCUCACGGCCGUGAAGCUCAAGGUCCUCACAGAGAAGAACGAGCCCCUGGAAUUCAUAGCGGGAUCAGCAUACCUGCCAUAUGAUUCCAUGGAACCUCCCCCAACAAGGGAGGUCGAAGAACUCGUCAAAAAAGUGAAGGACGAAAGGCUGGAACUUCUGCUUGGGUGCGAUGAGAACUCACACCAUCUGGGGUGGGGAAGCUCAAAUACCAAUGUUAGAGGAGAAGCCCUAAAUGACUUCAUUAUGGAAAAGGACCUUCAAAUCCUGAACAGAGGGAAAGAACCAACCUUCAUGGACUGCAGAAGACAUGAAGUGUUGGACAUAACCAUCUGCACGACAGGCAUGGCACGUUGGAUCCCUAGGAGAAACCCAAAGGACACAAACUGGGGAAGUUACAGAGAGGAACUCUUCGUGAGGAUCCAAGAUGUACCCUCAAGGUUCAGAAACAAGAGAGACCUGGAACAUGCAGCCGAACGUCUCGGAGAAGUGAUCAGGGACUCCUAUGAAAACAACUGCAACAUUAAAAGACCGCGGAAUACAAAAAUGGUGAGCUGGUGGAAUAACCAACUGUCCAUUUUAAGAUGCCAGCUAAGGAAAGCGUGGAACAAGGUGAAGACCGCGUACACGGAAUGCAGCAGGCAGAAGGCCCUCGAAGAUCGCAGAGGUCUUCAGAGGAAAUAUAAUAAAGCACUCGUAAUAGCCAAAAACGAGGGCUGGAAGAAAUUUAGCAGUGGGGUGGAGAGCCAAUCUGAAGCUUCAAGGCUGGUAAAGAUCCUGUGA